AUGUCCGAGACGCUGGUGCACUCAACCGUCCGUGAAUCUCGCACGCACGCUACUCAAACUUCACCAUCUGCUUCUGCAGCCUCUCAAGUGUCUGCCCAGGAACGCGGGGAAGCAAUAAGCGCGCCAGGCUGACCCUUCACUUAUGGGCACGGUGCCCCGAAUCUGGCGCAGAUCCUGGGGAAAGCAACGUCGCGCUAGCGUCACCACCUUCGAUUGCCCGUCCUGCGUUGUGCGUGCAGGCUCGCCCCAAGAAUUUCAGCGUGAUGGCAGAGCACUUGCGCUAGAAGGCUAGCAGGAGGCUUGUAGCAAUUUGUCCUUCCCUUUCGGCAUUCUGCUACUUUCUGGAUUCUAGCCGCGCAGAUAACCGCCCUCGCUAACCAUCUCAGUAUGAAUGGAUGGUGAUGUGUCUGUUCCUGAAGCGCGCCAGAGUGGGAGGGGCGAUCAUUCAGGUGUGGCCAGACCCCAUGCUGGCCUUGCUUCGGCGUGAUGGACGCUCGUCCGUGGGUGCCCUCUGUCUAUAAGAGGCGACUUUCUGGCGAUCAAGGAAGCAUUAUUACACCAUAUCCUCACAGCCCCUCCCUUCCGCUCUCCGACAAAAACGGUCACCAUAUUCUCACCCUUCCCUGUCCGCCCUCCCCUCAUACUUCGUACGUUCAUCGCUCCUCUCACCUGACAAAAUUCCAAGCUGCGGCAUUGCUACAACUCUGGACUAUCUUCUAGCGUUCGUCACUCUCCACGAUGAAGGCGUCUCUCACCAUUCCUCUCACAGUGGCGUCAGUAGUCGCUCUUGCUGCCGCCGCGCCAAACUCACUGGUCAACUCUCGGCGAGCCACAUCUGUUGACCUCACCGUAGCGCGACAGACCAGCAGCAAAGUGGACUUCGGUGUCACUGCUUUCAUAGAGGUGAUUUGAUGUAAGAGCCCCGACCAGUCAAAUUGCUGCGCUAAUUCCGACAUCUACUCAUCCUCACCACGCAGAACAACAUCAACAGCGGAUCCGAUGGUGGCCUGUAUGCUGAGCUCAUCAAGAGCCGAGCUCUCCAGAGUGAAGGCGACGGUCUGACCAACAGCUGGACGGGUAACAACGCGGACAUCUCUGUCAUCACCUCCGAUGCCAUCAGCAACGUCCUUCCUCGCUCCCUUCGUGUCGCCAAGAAGGGGAGCCCGAGCAGCUUUGGCGUUAGAAACGUCGGCUGGGCUGGCAUCGCUGCCAAGCCUGGCAAAUACAGUCUUACUCUCAGCGCCCGCUGCAACGCCGCCACAUCCACGACUGCCACUGCCGGUCUGUAUGACGCGCAAAAGAAAGCACUUGGAUCUGCGCAAGUUCCAUUGGCGCUGACGAAUUCCUGGAAAGAAUUCAAGGCCACGAUUCAGGUUACAGGUGGCAACAAUGUCGCCUCCAACCAGUUUGGUCUUGACUUCCCUGGCAACUUUGCGAGCGAACAAUGCCAAUUCAAUCUCAUCAGCUUGUUCCCCGAGACUUUCAAAGGCACCACUGCACGUCAGGAUCUCGCGCAGCUGUUGGCCGACCUUAAGCCCAAGUACUGGCGCGUCAUCGGUGGUAAUGCUCUGGAAGGCAACAACCUGGCAUCACGUUUCCAGUGGGAGCAGGCAGUCGGACCACUCAAGAACCGCCCAGGACGUGCGGGCACUUGGAUCGACUGGGACACGGAUGGCUAUGGCCUGGAUGAGGCACACAGGCUUGGCGAAGCGGUUGGAGCCAAGGCCAUUCCUGGGUGAGUGCAGCGAAAGACGAUUGACCGUGCCAAUGAGUGCUGACAUGGAUGCCCUCUCGCCGUGUUAGAGUCUUCGCUGGCUACACUCUCAACCAGCAAUCCGUUCCCGACGAUCAGCUUCAGCCAUACAUCGACUCGGCUGUGAACGAACUGCACUACCUGCUUGAUCCUCAAGGCUCUUCCACAUGGGCGAAGCAGCGUGAAGCCAACAGACACGCGGCCCCUUACAAUCUGGCUGCUGUCCAGGUCGGCAAUGAAGACUGGAUCAGUGAGGCUGCCAUCAAGACGUACCAGACCCGAUACCCUCGUUUUGCCAACGCUAUCAAAGCCGCAUUCCCCAACCUUCUGGUGAUGUCCAGUAGUCCUUACCCUACCCCCAAGACUCAGCUGGCAGCCAUUGAUCAGCAGUGAGUAAGAGGCAUGAGCGUUGCUGCAUUCGCGAUUGAAUCUCACCGCGCUUUCAUGUGCUUUCCCAGCGACUACAACACGCCCAAUUUCUUCUUGGGAGCUUACGACCGGUAUGACACAUGGGCACGCAACGCCACCACCAUCUGGAACCUCGAAAUGGCUGUCACAAACAGCGGCAAGGUGAGCCCGCGGAGUUCGCUGCUCGCAAUCGCAAUUCUUGUGCUGAUCCAAUCGUCCCUGACAAUUGUAGUGUGGGGAGACACCCCAAAUUGACGCUUUGAGCGGUCCUUGUCGUCUGACCUACCCUAUCCAAGUGAGUUACUAACGGCGAGCUUCCACCUGUGAGCGCCACUUACACGGUCAGCCUGUUUGCUCUCAGCUCGGCGCUGUUGCUGAGUUCACUGCUAUGAUGGGUAUGGAGCGGAACAGCGAUGUCGUAAAGACCUUCGCCUAUGCGCCGCUGCUGAACAAGAUUGGCAAUGGUCUGAGCCAGUGGCACCCGGACCUCAUCAGCUUCGACGCUGUAGACUCGUGGCCUUCGGCAUCGUACUGGGCACAAUAUGCCUUUGGACAGUAUGGCAUCGACUCCUUGUACAAGAUGACAAGCUCUGUAGCAUACAAGCCGGUGUACUGGAGCGCUGGUAAACAGGGCAACUUGGACGUCAUCAAGCUCAGCAACAGCGGUGCAGACCCUGUCACCGUCACCGUCAAGGCGGACGGAGCGCAGUACAACCCCAACGCUGCCGGAUCUCUGAUACUCUCUGCUCACAACGAUGCUUACGCCUCGAACACUCCAGACAACCGUCAGGUAAGUCUAAUUUUUAGAUCCUGCCUUUUGAUCAAAAUACGCUCGUUUCGAGACUGACCACAUCGAUGCACUGUGUUCGCACAGAACAUCAAGCCCACUCGACGCAACACCUCUGCGCAGGACUUUGUGAACGGCGCUUUCCGCAUCACUCUGCCGGCCUACUCGCUCGCUGCGGUGAAGCUGGCCAGGGCUUAG